AGAAAUGUCUGAGAUUUGUGAGACACAGGAUACUGGGAGACUGCGCACUCCCCAGACAGUGCUGAUGAGGAGGAACGUCGUAGCAGAAAGUCCUUUGGAGAUCAAGCAGGUUUACAAACUGCUUCAGCUGGUGAACCACAAGAAGAAGGAGCAGAUAGAGAAGCUGGUGCGCUUGGGUGUCUCAGGUCUGAUCAACCUGACCGAGCCUGAAGAUGGGGUCAGCGCCCUGCACCUGGCCUCUCGGAACAAUGAUGUGGAGAUGGCUCAUUUCCUUCUGUCCCUCAAUGCACAUCCUGAUAUCCAGGACAAAAAGGGACGCACCCCAAUAAUGUAUGCUGCAAAGCAUGGCCAUGUCGACAUGGUAAAGUUUCUGAUCCAUCAUCAAGCCGACCUGACCGUGGUGGACAAAAAGGGCAAAGGAUUGCUGUUUUACUGCAUCGGCCCAACAGGAAGGCACAAGCAGAUCAUGGAGAUGGCACUAGACAUGAAACUGGAUGUUAACAGUACCUCCUACACAGGCAAAUCUGUCUUCAUGGCCGCCUGUGAACAGGCCAAAGAGUGUGAGAACCUCUGCAUGUUGCUUUUGGAGAGGGGAGCCGAUGUGGAUGUCGCUGAUCCGAAGACCGGGUGCACAGCUCUUAUGGCGGCCGUGACAGCCGGAUCCGUAGUGUUGGUGAGAGCCAUCCUGCAAAAAGGAGUGAACCCCGACACUGGGGACAAAACAGGAGUGAGCGCUGUUCACAUUGCAGCAUCCAAAGGCUUCUUUGAGGUGCUGAGAUUGUUGUCGGCGUACUCUGCUGAUUUAAACGUGACGGACAAGCACGGAAACACAGCCUUGCACUUGGCGGCUUCAGAAGACCACGCUGAGUGCUGCAGGUUUCUGUUUCAGAGAGGAUGCAACAUGAAGAGCAACAUGAUGGAUUUACUGCCAAGUCAGGUUGCUAUGAAAAACAGCCACAAAGCUGCUCUAAAAGAACUGCAAGAGGCAGAGAAAAUACUGAAGACUGGAAAAAUGACCUUCUUCAGUGAAGCCAGGCUGCACGAUUGGUCAUUUGAGCACGAAGCAGUACUGAGGCAGGCCUUCCAAUCGGCCGAGGCAGCGGAGUUUCCAGUGGAGACUGUUUCGAACGAGACGUUCAUGUCUGUCCUGCAGGCGCAUUACGCUCCUAUAGAUGAAGAGGACCUAGAAGUUAUUGUCAGAGUGCUUGACAAGAAUCGUCAGGACAGAAUCAGCAUCAGUGAGUUCUUCGCAGGCCAUUUUUUGCCUAAAAAUUUCCAGCUCUCUUCCUACAAGUCUGCGAUACUGGAGACGAGCAAGAGCGAAAAAUCUGAGCCGUCGAUCCCCGAGACCUGCCACGGACGCUCUGAGCCGUUUCAGACUAGCAUCGCUAGGGAACAGCCGCAGGUUGACGUUAGCAGUAGCGCUUGGAUGUAUAAAACGCCGCUCAUGACCGCCUGCAUAAUGGGGAAAUACCAGAUGGCUCAGUUCCUCAUCUCACGUGGGGCGGAGGUGAAUGCCUAUGAUCAGUUCAAAUGGACUUCUCUACAUCACGCCUGCAAGGAAGGACACGCGGACAUCGUGAAACUCCUAUUGACUCACGGCGCUAUCAUCGAUGCCGCCACCACGAAUGGAGUGACUCCGUUAAUGAGAGCCAUCCAAAGCUGCAAUCUCACCUGCGUGGAGCUGCUCUUAAAAGCGGGCGCCAACGUCGAGGCCACAAAUAAUCGCGGACAAGACUGUAUGACCAUCGCCCAGCUGUAUGGAACUGUGAAAAUCCAGGAAAUGGUUAAAAUCUUCUUUGAUAAAGCAAUGAAGAAAAAAGCAGGAAAGAAGCUUCCUCCUAGAACCAAGAAGCCUGCUUCAAAGACGCAAACUCCGAAAACGAAUCCGGUUAAACAACCUGUUAGGAAAACCACAGCGAAGAAGUAGAUCUCCAGAAGGACACAGCAGGAA